AUGGCUUCAUUUUCUUCUUCGUUUCACUCUCUAGAGUCACUCUCCCUGGCGGAUCGAGUGCUCUUCAACACCUUCAGCAGGGGACCCAGCUGCCGGAUACCCUACAAUGUCGUCCACCACGCCUUCGAGGCCAUCGCCCUGGCACACCCCAACCUCACUGCCGUCCGCGACAGCGAUGGCACUACGAUCACAUACCGGGACCUCAACCGCCGGGCGAACAUGCUGGCCAACGAGCUCAAGGACACCUACGGGGUGAGGGUCGGUGACCGUGUGGUGCUUGUUUACCAGCGGUGCAUCGAGAUGGUCGUCUUCAUUCUUGGCGUCCUCAAGGCCGGCGGCCAGUACAUUCCCCUCGACGGUGGCGUCGUUACCGAUGAGACGCUCGGCUUCGACAUUGUCGAUUCCAAGGCCCCGGUCGUCAUCUGCCUCCCUAAGUACCGGGAAAAGGUGCUGCGGAGCCUCCCUGCAGAUCACCGCUCCCAAGAGGGAGGGAACGGCGGCAACGGGCGGGUCAGCGUGCUCGAUCUGGACAGGAACGCAGAGCUCUGGCAAUAUGGCAAUACCAAGCACCCCUUGGUCCAGGUGGGGCCCGACGACGGGGCCUAUGUCAUCUACACCUCUGGGACCACGGGGCGACCCAAGGGCGUGGAUGUGCGCCACGGAGGUGUCACCAACACGCUGCUCGCUGAGCCCUCUCGCCUGGGGAUCGCCCCAGGGAGGAAUGUGGCGCAACAGCUAAAUGUUGCUUUUGACAUGUGCGCCUGGGAGAUCUUGGGCACCGUCAUGAACGGCGGCACCCUGCACAUCCGCGGCAGCGGGCCGGGCCCCUGGGCCGAGUGCCUGCGGCGCGUCGACACCGUCAUCGCGACGCCCUCGGUCGUCCUCAAGCACAUGCCGCGGCCGCGCGACUUCCCCAACGUCGACACCAUCGCCGUGGGCGGCGAGCCCUGCCCGCUGGCGCUGGCCGAGGCGUGGGCCCCGCACGUCCGGUUCUGGAAUGUGUGCGGCCCCACGGAGAUCAGCGUGCUCAACACGGCCCACCUGCACCGUCCCGGCGCCCAGCUGUCGAUCGGCAGGCCCAACCCCAACACCAAUGUUUACAUUCUCGACGACGACGAGAGGCCCGUCAAGGUCGGCCAGCCGGGCACCAUGUGGGCCGGGGGCGCCGGGGUCUCGAGGGGCUACCUGAAUCUGCCCGAGCUAACGGCCGAGCGGUACAAGCCGGACAAGUUCACCCGCGAUGGACGCAUGAUGUUCAACACUGGUGACCUGGGCCAGUGGACCGAGGAUGGCUGCCUGCUCCCCUUGGGUCGCAAGGACGACCAGGUAAAGAUCCAAGGCUUCCGAGUGGAGCUGGAUGGCGUAUCCCGCUCCAUCGAAACGGUCCCCUCGGUCAUCAAGGGCUGCGCGCUCAAGAUCGAUGACCGUCUCUGGGGAUUCUACUCUGCACAGGCGCAAAUUGACGAGAAUGUCCUCAAGGAGGCAGUCGCCAAAAGCCAGCCUUUCUAUGCCGUCCCGACAAGAUGGAUGCACCUACAGACGCUGGCAUUGACACCCAAUGGUAAAGUAGACAAGAGGGCACUAUACCAGAUCGCCGGAACAGCGGCACCAGAAGUGCCAGGUGUCAAGCAACAACCUUCCGAGACUUCGUGGCCUCUCCCCGCCGCCUCCAGGCCUCCAUCCAGCAAAUCGAGCGUCUCCACGCUCGUCGCUCCAGCAGACGCUUCCAUCUUCGAGAAAGAUCUGGAAAAGAGCACGACACGCUUUUCCGACGACGACACCGAUGUGGAAGAGGAAGAGGCCGAGCUGCCGGCAAAGAAAGGCGUCCAUGGCUUGCGGUCGCUGCGGUUCCGCGCGUUCUCUGCGUAUCGUAGGCUGUUCGCUCUGAUCUUCUUGGCCAACCUGGCCGUCUUUUGCUUUCUGCUGUGGGAGAGCCGCGAUAAUGGCUUCCAUCCGUCAGCCUCCCACCUCGCCGUCGCCGUCGCGGCAAACCUCCUCGUUGCGGUGCUCGUGCGCCAGGACUACAUCGUGAACAUCAUAUUCCUGGUAUCCAGGCUGCCGACGUCCUUGCCGCUGGGGAUCCGCAAGCACGCCGCACGUGUCUACCACAACGGCGGCGUCCACUCCGGGUGCGCCGUGUCCGCAACGGUCUGGUGGGCCGUGUUCACCGUGACAACCAUCCGCGACUAUCUCACGGAGGGAAACCCGCCGCCCAUCAAGAGUGCCGUCCUCGCACUGACCUGCGUCAUCAUGGCUUUCCUUGUGUUCAUCCUCGUCAUGGCCUACCCGACCAUCCGCAUGAAGAUGCACGACCAGUUCGAGUGGGCGCACCGCUUCGUCGGGUGGUCCGCCGUGGCGCUCGUCUGGGCCCACGUCGUCACCUUCACGAGAGCCACGAGCCCGGGACAGCCCCUAGGCCUAGCCCUGCUUCACAACCCCGUGUUCUGGCUCCUGUCCGUCAUCACGCUGAGCAUCGCGCUGCCCUGGAUGAGGCUCCGCCGCGUCAAGGUCGUGCCCGAGCCGCUCUCCAAGCACGCCGUCCGUCUGCACUUCGACUUCGACACCCCGCCCCCCUGCACCUCGCGCGGGGUCCGCAUCACCGACCGGCCGCUGGUGGAGUGGCACGCCUUCGCCGCGAUCCCGGAGCCCAGCGGGAAAGGCUUCUCCAUCAUCGUGUCCAGGGCCGGCGACUGGACGUCGCGCGUCAUCGCGGACCCGCCGACGUCGAUCUGGACGCGCGGCACGCCGGCCUCGGGCGUGCUGGCCAUCGCGCCGCUCUUCAAGAAGGUCGUGCUCGUCGCGACGGGGUCCGGGAUCGGGCCCUGCAUGCCGGUCUUGAUGGAGCGGCGUGUGCCGUGCCGCGUCGUCUGGUCGACCAAGAACCCGCUCAAGACGUACGGGCAGGGCAUCCUCGACACCAUCCACGCCUGUGACCCGGACGCGCUCAUCUGGGAUACCGACGAGAAGGGGCGGCCGGACAUUGUCAAGCUUGCGUAUCAGGCGUACAAGGAGAGCGGCGCCGAGUGCGUGUGUAUCAUUUCAAAUAGGAAGGUCACUGCCAACGUGGUGUAUCAACUGGAGAGUCGCGGCAUACCCGCUUAUGGGCCUAUUUUAGAUUCCUAG